UUUUCAUUUUUUUCCUGUUGAAAUCUCUUUCCAUGUGUCCCCAUCAGAAGAGGAAACAACAACAAACCAGCAACCAAGACAAAUUGUUGGACAUUGAAAGCAUCUAUGAAGGCGAAUAUGAAGGAGAAGUACAAUUGGCUGCGUUCUUGGAACAGCAACAGGAAUGUCAAGGAUAUGAAGAUGAACACACAACACCACCUGAAUUCAACACUCCAGAUCCCCCCACGUGCACUGCUCCCUGUUGUGACCUACCUGGCGGGGAGGGUUACCAUGCAUACAGGAGAAUCAGGACAUUCAGGAGCAACAGUGUCGACUUGGGGGGGAAAAAUUACUUCCAGGAGGAGUUGGCACAUAAAAUGUUGACAAACAAAAUUGUCAACAUUAGAGUGACCGUCAUUCCCAACAUCACUUUGUCUGAUGUUGAAUACGACAAAUACUACAACAUGCACAAAGGAAUGGAAUACAAGACGGAUAAUGCCUGUUUAGGAAUGCAAACCGAAUGCAGAAUUCCUGAAGCAGAUGUUUCA